AUGAACGUGCCACGCACCUCCUCCAUAGCAGCCAAUUUGGAAAUCAAUAGUCUACAGGAUCCGACCAGAUUCUGCGACGAAGGACGGGCGGGCCUGGUUAGGAGUACAGUAUCUGGCAAUCUCCAGCUCACACCGGUCGUCAUGAUAAAACCUGUGCUGCCAGUAACCCUUGCGCUGACGCUUGGAGCUUGCUUUACCCACGCCGAAAAUCUCAAGGCCAAAAUUGGCUACUCCGAGGAGGAGCUUCUUGACGGACUUGUGCCAGUGCCAAUCGGUUUGCCGAACAACGAUCCCCAGGCACUGCCCCUGAUUAAUGGCUGCCCACGAGCCUGCGCGGCUGCUGGCUCAGAUGCUGCCAACUGGACGCAGCUGUACAAGGUCAGCCAUUUGGAGCCUUGCAACUCGACACUUCUCUUUGAGUUCAACGUCCAGAAUGAUCCAAGCCCCUUUACCACCAUACGUGCGUGUUAUACUGGAAGUGAAGUGAAAGACGCUUCCCCUAAGACACAGCGGCGCAGCUACCAAUCUUCUGGUCAUGUUGAGGAGGGUGCCACGUCGGCUGCGAAGCAGCCUCUUUGCGGUGCGGCGUCAAAUGUAACGUCCGAGGUCAAUGUCAGCGUUGGAAUCGAUUCGAUUGCCAGCGAGAUGCGUCCUGGUGCUGCUGAAGCGGUAGCGUUGGGCUCUAUAUCGGAGCUGACCUACAAAAGUCUGCUGCAGUGGAGCUGCUUCCCAAAUUAUGCAUCGCUUCUUGAGAAUGGUAGCCAAAGCGUCGAGAUCUGCGACUCUGACACAGCGCUUGAUUCCACAAUGGGACUGUUCGUCGCUCAGAGCUCCUCAGAACUUAGAAAACCGCACGAGGCACUCCGGAUUUGGUCUGCUGGAAAGUGCUUGGAGAAUCAAGGGCAGAGACAGCUCGAAAAUCGAAUACAGCUCCAGGUUCUGAGCUCAUCAGCGCUAUCCUCGUCCAGAACCAAUAACGCAACGUCCAGUAACUCGAAGUCGACUCUCAACAAUCGUUCCGAUUCCAUAAAGGCCAGAGGUGAGUGCCGCACCAUAACUGUGGCAGAUGGCGACGGCUGCGGCUCUCUCGCAUCCAAAUGCGGCAUAAAUGGCCAUGAUUUCGAGGGCUACAACUCGAAAAAGCCACAGUUCUGUUCCAGCCUUGUGAAGGGACAAUUAGUCUGUUGCUCAGAAGGAACUCUACCAAGCAGGCGUCCCAGCCCUGGGUCUGAUGGGGGCUGCUAUGCGCACCAAGUUGGCACUGGUGAGACUUGCGCGGGCCUAGCGGCCUCAUUCGACAUUACAGAAGACGAGCUUUUCAAGUGGAACAAGCACGUCUGGGGCUGGCAAGGAUGUGGGAACAAACUUCAGAGGCUGCAGAUCAUCUGUCUCUCCGAUGGCAACCCUCCAAUGCCUGCCCAGCUUGACGGAGUGAUGUGCGGACCCCAAAAACCUGGAACUGCCAAACCGAACGGGAAGUUCACAGGUGAGGAUCUGUCAAAACUUAAUCCCUGCUCCCUCAACGCAUGCUGUGACAGUUGGGGAUUCUGUGGAACAACGGCAGAGUUUUGCACAGUGUCACCUGCCGACACGGGCAGCCCAGGCACUCACCAGGAUGGUACAAAUAGUUGCAUAUCCAAUUGCGGCAUGGACAUAGUUCAAAGUCCCAGUGCCCCAAAAAGCUUCUACUCCAUUGGCUAUUUCGAAGGAUACGGCUUAACUCGUGCUUGUGAUCUUGUUGACAUCCGCAGCAUUGACGUCACCAGAUAUACUCAUAUCCAUUUUGCAUUUGCGACAAUUAGUGCAGACACCUACGAUGUUAACAUGGGACCAACUAUCAACCAGUUCUAUUAUUUCAAAAAAGUCACAGGUGUAAAAAAGGUUUUGUCCUUCGGCGGCUGGACGUUCUCGACAGAUCCUGCAACCUAUGGUAUCUUCCGCACCGGUGUAACCGGUGCACACCGGGCCACAAUGGCCCAGAAUAUUGCCAAGUUCAUCAUAGAUAAUGAUCUUGACGGUGUGGACAUUGACUGGGAGUAUCCCUCCGCCCCUGAUCUUCCUGAUAUCCCCCCCGGCAGCCCUUCGGAGGGGAUUGACUAUCUCCGGUUUCUAAUGACAUUGAAAUCACUGCUACCGGUUGAUAAGACAGUUUCCUUCGCUGCACCAGCGUCCUUUUGGUAUCUUAAAGGAUUUCCAAUCGACAGGAUCACUAAAGUCGUCGAUUAUGUUGUCUAUAUGACCUAUGACUUACACGGACAGUGGGAUUACAACAACAAAUGGAGCACGCCUGGUUGUCCAGCGGGAAACUGCCUGCGGUCGCAUGUCAAUAUGACGGAGACAAUCAAUGCUCUUUCGAUGAUUACCAAGGCGGGGGCGCCCUCGGAUAAGAUUGUCGUCGGUGUCACUAGCUACGGUCGCUCUUUCAAGAUGACAACCUCUGGGUGUACCGGCGUCAUGUGUACAUACGAAGGGCCCAAGUCUCAGGCUGCGCAGGGCCAAUGCACCCAAACCGCUGGCUACCUCGCGAAAGCAGAAAUCGACGAUAUCAUCGCAAACAAUCCAAGUGCUCACACCAGUUAUGACAGUGCGAGCCUCAGCGACGUUCUCGUGUACAACGAUCGAGAGUGGGUUUCGUAUAUGAGUGACAGCAACAAGGAGAAGCGGAAGAGUCAUUACAAAAGCUCGCAUUUCUUGGGCAUCAGUGACUGGGCAAUUAGUCUGGAUACCAGCCAUCUCCUACCUAUCAACCAGAGCAUGCCGGCCACUUCCAAUGACUGGCCCGAUGGCCCUUCUCUUAUAUCCGGAGGCAUUUUGGACUUGCGAGUCCACCAAACUUGUAUUGAUCGUAACCAUCUUGACAAGAUCAAGACGAGCUGGAAGGAUGCCGCGGCUUUGUCAGAUGCCACUAUGCAAUGGACUCGAUGGAAUAGAUAUCAAGACGCGAUGGAAACCUACUUCGGAAAACAGACACACAGUAGCCCUUGGUUCGGACCAGACAUUUGGUGGGACAAUUUCAAGAGACAGAACAACCUGCACACACGUUAUUGGUUUCAAGACGACUGGAAAUACGUUUACAUAUAUUGCGACGAAAACGACCUCCCGAGGAGAGCCAAGAAAGACAGGACAAAUAUCUGCUUCGAUGCUGACAGAGGCAAACCUGUCAGUGCAUGGACCUUUAACGUGCCUAAGAACUCGUACUCCAGCGAGUUUUACAUCCUUGUAUGCCCGGCAUUCUUAGGUGAAAUUGCGUCGUCACCGUAUACAGAUCUCGAGGCUCUUGCGGAGGAAUCGAAAAGUGAUGAUUUUGUCAAAAAGUAUAUUGAUAGGUGGAUGAGCGUACGCGGGGUGACAAUGUUUCAUGAGAUUAUGCACUUCAAAGGCAUAACAGUCCCUUGGUGCGGCGACGAAACCGAGAUCUACAAUCCAGCGUCGCUGUAUAGGCUCGCACGAAGGAAUACCGAUGAAAAGAACAGAAGACUCAACGUCAACGCACACACCUGGGCAGUAUCGGCCGUCGCAAUAUGGAUGAUGAGAAGGUGGAGCGACAUCUUCACCCCUCUUCCAUACGUGAUUCAGCACCCCCCUUCGAAGCGUGACGAUGGCGACGACUCUGAUGAUUUGAGCGGCAUCAGUGUAUUACCCGACGACCAAAGAAGAGAUGAAGCCACCGACUUUGAUGCUUCCCAGAUUGAUCCGACCAAAUUUCGUUGGCUCAGCCACUAUGGCCUAACAAGUGGAAUAACAUCGCCUGAAUGUACGGAAGGUGACUACAUGAACGAGGAGCAGUGCAAGUAUUUUUGCCACGCGGGUGACGAAGGAGAUUGCACCAAGAACGACGACAAGAAAGUAUGGACAUGCAGUGGCUGUGUUCAUCCUACGCAGUGCAAAGCAGGCGACUACAAGACAACAAAAGAAUGCAAUGCCAAUUGCUUCAAGGGCACAUGUAUCGACAACGAAACCCUUUGCCCGCCAGAGAUAGGGGACCCUAGUUGUAUGCCAACAGAAGUUGUACACUGCGACUGUCCAAGCUAA